GCAAGCAUUAGUUUGCUGUAGAGAAAAGGAGGCUCUCAACAACUGAAAGGAAAAGCUGGCACCAUGAGCAACAAAUAUGACGUGGUUGUGAUAGGAGCAGGCAUUUCAGGUCUUUCUGCAGCUAAAUUACUGGUGGAGUCUGGAUUGAGCGUAGUAGUGCUAGAGGCGCGUGACCGAGUUGGCGGAAGAACGUUCACUGUCAGGAAUGAAAAAGUGAAAUAUGUAGAUCUAGGAGGAGCUUAUGUUGGGCCAACCCAAAAUCGAAUCCUUCGAAUAGCUAAAGAAUUUGGUGUGGAAACAUACAAAGUAAACGAGGCUCAACGUCUCAUCCAUCAUGUAAAGGGUAAAUCAUAUGCCUUUAAAGGUCCAUUCCCUCCAAUGUGGAACCCAUUUGUCUAUUUGGAUUACAACAAUCUAUGGAGAACAAUGGAUGAAAUGGGAAAGGAGAUUCCUAAUGAAGCUCCAUGGAUGGCCCCUCAUGCAGAAGAAUGGGACAAAAUGACCAUGAAGCAACUAAUUGACAAACUUUGCUUCACAAAUGCUGCAAAGAGGUUUGCAACUCUUUUUGUGAACGUAAAUGUGACUUCAGAGCCUCAUGAAGUUUCAGCGCUUUGGUUCUUGUGGUACGUGAAGCAAUGCGGAGGAACUACAAGGAUUUUUUCAACUACUAAUGGAGGGCAGGAGAGAAAAUUUGUUGGAGGAUCUGGACAGAUAAGUGAAAAAAUGGCAGAUUAUUUACAAGGGAGAGUUAAACUACAAAGACCAGUAGUACGCAUUGACCAAUCAGCAGAAAAUAUUGUGGUGGAAACACUAAAUCAUGAAGUAUAUGAGGCCAAAUAUGUUAUAAGUGCCAUUCCACCUGCUCUUUGUCUGAAGAUUCACUUUAAUCCUGAAUUACCUCCAUUAAGAAAUCAGCUGAUUAAUCGUGUUCCCAUGGGUUCAGUAAUAAAGUGUAUGGUUUACUACAAAGAUGCCUUCUGGAGGAAGAAAGAUUAUUGUGGAAGCAUGAUUAUUGAGGAUGAAGAGGCAGCAAUUGGAUUGACACUUGAUGACACCAAGCCAGAUGGCACUGUGCCUGCUAUAAUGGGAUUUAUUCUUGCCCGGAAAUCCAGGAGACUAGCUCAUCUCACCAAAGAGGAAAGGAAACGCAAAAUCUGUGAACUCUACGCAAAAGUGUUAGACUCAGAAGAAGCCCUACAUCCAGUGCAUUAUGAAGAAAAGAACUGGUGUGAAGAACAGUACUCUGGAGGCUGCUACACUGCCUAUUUCCCUCCUGGAAUCAUGACACAGUACGGAAGGGUACUUCGACAACCGUUUGAUCGGAUCUACUUUGCUGGCACUGAGACUGCAACUGAAUGGAGUGGAUAUUUAGAAGGAGCAAUACAGGCAGGGGAGAGAGCUGUUAGAGAGAUAUUGUUCACCAUGGGAAAAAUUCCAGAAAGCGAUAUAUGGAUGCCAGAACCACCAUCAUUGGAUAUCCCAGGUUUACCAAUUACUACAACAUUUUGGGAGAGAAACUUACCAUCUGCUCAGGGCUUACUGAAGCUUGUUGGAGUUUCAUCACUGCUUACGUCAACCGCUGCCCUUGGUUUACUGGCUUAUAAAAAGGGACUGCUAUGUCGUAAUUAAAAGAGCCUCCUUCAUGGAAUAAUAAUUAAAAGUCCCCUAAAUGUAGAAAAAAAAUUAAGUAUAUUUAUCUGUAUGAAUGUACAGUUCAAUUGCUUUCUUUAAAUAUACUUCAGUAUUUUGUCUGUGGUAGAGUCUUAAAUAAUAAUUUUAAAUAUAUAUUCUAUUUUUUUUAAUAUUCUGAAUUUAUUGUAGUUGAUAUUUUUAAUGCUGUGUUUUAUAAUAGCUUAUUUGUGUUUAAUAAGUUAAAUUAGAACAAUAAUUUGGUAAAAUGCAGUCAUGUUCACAAGUUCAGAAAUAUUUGAACAAUUGGGCUCCAUUGCUGUAUAACCAAAACGGUUAAACCAAAAAUGGUGCAUAGAUAUAACUUUACCUCAGGAAAUUUAAUUUUUGUAGUUUACUAUUUGAUGUUGAAUACAAUGAACCAACACAGGAGUUUGUCAAUAAACUGUUUCUUUAUUCUGAGGUUUGGACCUCAAUAGAAA